GUCAGCGAGGAGGAAGGAAUCAUUUCCUUGGGCUCCAGGCAAGCGUUAUACGGAAACCAAAGAGAUGGACUGCUACUUCUUCCCUCCCAGCUGAACCCACCUGGGAUCUCUUCUCCUAGAGGGGUGUUCUCUGGGGAUAGUGAUGGCCAAUGAGAAGAUUAGUGCCCCUGCGAAACUUAUCAAUGGCGGCAUGGCAGGUUUAGUGGGAGUGACCUGUGUGUUCCCCAUUGACUUGGCCAAGACCCGACUGCAGAACCAGCAUGGAAAGAUGGUCUACAGAGGAAUUGUUGACUGCCUGGUGAAGACGAUCCACGCAGAAGGCUUUUUGGGCAUGUAUCGAGGAGUAGCAGUGAACCUAGCCUUAGUCACCCUGGAGAAAGGCAUCAAGCUGGCAGCCAAUGACUCCUUUCGAGAGCUACUCUUCGUAGACGGGUCGAAAAAGAAUCUGCUGAAGGAGAUGCUGGCUGGCUGUGGAGCUGGGAUAUGCCAAGCUGUCAUUACCUCUCCCAUGGAAAUGCUGAAGAUUCAGCUGCAGGAUGCUGGACGACUGGCCAUGAACCAACAGAGGUCAUUCACAUCAGCAGCUUCCCUUAUCAGGCCCUAUAUCACGGGCUCCAUCUCCACUACUAAGCAUCCUUCUGCCAUCGUCAUCACCUGGGAAGUCUAUCGUGCCCAAGGCCUGAGGGGCCUCUAUAGAGGUUUUGGUGCCACUCUGAUGAGGGAUAUUCCUUUCUCAGUCAUCUAUUUUCCUUUGUUUGCCAACCUCAAUAAUCUGGGGCUCAAUGAAGCUACUGGGAAGGCCUCCUUUAUAUUCUCAUUUGCCUCUGGUUGUCUAGCAGGAUCCGUGGCGGCUAUUGUGGUGACACCCUUCGAUGUCUUGAAAACACGAAUUCAGACUCUCAGGAAAAGUCUGGGAGAUGAAAACUAUAACGGGAUCGUAGACUGUGCCAGGAAAAUCUGGACUCAGGAAGGACCAGCUGCCUUCAUGAAAGGAGCUGGUUGCCGGGCCCUAGUCAUUGCACCUCUUUUUGGUAUUGCCCAAGCUGUCUAUUUCAUGAGUAUUGGAGAAAAGAUCCUUAACAUUUUUCUUUGAAGUUAAAUAAAGUUCAUUUAUUUGCUACCCCUUGAGCAGUCCCACUGACUAGGUUAAGACAGUAGGGGAAAAGUGGCCCAACCACAUUGUCCAGUUCUUUACGUAGUCUGAGUGAUUUCAGCCUGAGAAUAAAUUCGCCCAAUAUUUAAAUAGUUUAUGUGCACUACUACCCCUGAAAUGUGCUUGUAGGACUCUUCAGGAGACAUAAUACCACACUUAUUAGCCGUUAACCAUUAAGCAAUGGAUCUAGUCACAUUAAUUCUUAGUUAUGAUGUUAGGGAGUUAAUUUAAGACAUUGGGGAAAGAAAAAUCAGAAGUUUAAGAGAGAAUUAUAGGAUCCUCUGUACCCAAUUAUACCAACUAAAAGUUGGUAUAAUUGCCAUGGCCAGUUCAAGGAUCAGGGUGACUACAGAUAAUGAGGCAGCUCAAUGUAUCUACAUGACAAUCUUGCUUAAAGCAGCCACUGAGAUCUAGUCUGGGCAAUCUUAAUAAUUAAAAUGAAGAGGUAAAAGAUUUCAUAUGAUUCUAUGAAAAGUUUGAGAGAAAAAGACAGAGGGGAUACUGUCAUUUUUUUAAAAAGCCAAUAAAUGCCAGGCCCAGAGAUGGGAGGUCUUAGGUUCAAAUGAGGCCUCAGACUGCCUAGCUGUGUGACCCUGGGCAAGUCAUUUAAUACUCCACACCCUUUAAAAUAAAGCCAACAAUUCUUGUAUCUUAUCUGAAGGAGAUAAACAUUAAAACAAACACCAGAACUA